CAACUUAAAAUAUUUAUUCCUCUUUUAUUGCUUAACCGUAACUGGAAACUCUUGUUUCGAGAAUGAAAAAUCAUUCUUCUUGUAAUUUUUAAGACUUGUCGGUGUACUAUAAUAACAUUUCUGUUCAGACAUAAUUUGAAUAGAAAACGUAAAUCAGCAAUUAAGCUGAAUUGUUAUAAAUAAAAAUUGUGAUUGUCAUGGUUGGAAAACUUCCGAGUGAAAUGACUGAAGCUCCGAAAAAAGUUGAUCUGGGUUUGUUGGAAGAAGAUGAUGAAUUCGAAGAAUUUCCUACCGAAGAUUGGACUGCAAAGGAAGAAGAUGAACAAGAUAUCAAUGUGUGGGAAGAUAACUGGGAUGAUGACAAUGUAGAAGACGACUUUAGUAAUCAACUAAGAGCUGAACUUGAAAAGUGUGGUCACAAAGUUAAUGGCAGUGGAGAACCUAUGAAGUCUUGAUUUCAGUGAUUACAAUGCAUUUAAAUCUCACUUCAUAACAUCAACAUUUGUUCUGAGUAAUUUCAUAUAUCUUACUUUGAACUAGUUCUGAUUCAUUAAAAUACUACUUUGCAUAAAUUAAAACUGUAUCUUUGAAAAUAAACAUUUUUUUUAUAUUAUA